AGAGGCUUUCCGAGGCAGAUCAUCCUUCCGCUCCACCCGACAGUAUACAGUCUCCGAGGCACCAUGAAAGUCCUUUUUGUCGCCUUCGCUCUGUCUGCCUUCCUCGCGACAAGUGUCGUCGCGCGGGAAGACUUGGAAAUUGUUUGCCGCAAGGAUCGACCUGCUGAUGAAAGGGGCUGUGCUUACUGGUGCAGCGAAGACGGGGAUUGGAAAUUAGGUUCCUAUCCAGAUGGAUUGCGAUGUGACUAUGCUGGAUAUCUGGAUGGCAUCUGCAAGAAUGCUCUGUGCCACUACAAUGAAGCAACAGCAACCGGAGGAUAUCGCCGCAACAUAGGGCACGCCACGUCCAGCGAUGAGAAGGGUCUUGGAGGAUACCGUACUACCGAAGCCUACACUACUUCCAGUGAUGAAAAUGAGGAGGACGAGUAUGAACUCAAGUAGAUUGAUUGGUCGAUUCGGCGCACACGCACCGUGUGUCUGUCUUCUAAUAAAUCUUCGUCGAUUCUGACA